UGUUGGAUUUUGCAAUAGUGUUCCCUUCCCAAAUUAGUGGUACAGUGUUUACCCUGAAAUUUGUGGAGCAACUGAAGCUUGGAAGUCCACUCAUUCUUGCUCUGCAAUGGCGACCCUUCUCAAAGCACCUUCCUUUCUCUCUCCUCUCGACCAAAAGAAAGCUCAGCCAGGUAUUGAAGGGGAUGUAAUUGACAAAGAAUCAGUCUGUAUCAAUGAAGAAAGUGAUUAUGGGGUGGUUGGAAUGCACCAUGUUGGAAUUUUAUGUGAAAGUCUUGAAAGAUCCCUUGACUUUUAUCAAAACGUUCUUGGGCUGAAGAUAAAUGAAGCAAGACCAAAUGAUGAGGUUCCAUUCAGGGGUGCUUGGUUGUGGAUAGGGUCUGAGAUGAUUCAUUUGAUUGAGCUUCCAAAUCCCGACCCUUUAACUGGACGACCAGAACAUGGUGGUCAAGAUCGUCACACAUGUAUAGCAAUAAGGGAUGUUUCAAAGCUGAAGGCAAUCCUUGAUAAAGCUGGUAUCCCCUACACGCUUUGUCCUUCUGGAAGGCCAAGAAUCUUUACACGUGAUCCUGAUGCAAAUGCUCUAGAAUUUACACAAGUAGAUGCUUGAUGCUUAUGGAUAUUACAUGCCAAAUCACACCCCUUUGGCGCCACAAGUCCCCAGAAGGUAGAAAUAAAUGUAGAAAUGAUUACAUGUAUGUAAAGGCUGAAGGGACUAAUAGGCCAUGGUAAAGUUGUCUGCUAUGCAGUGGCAUUAUGGCAGCAAUACAGUACUGGUCAUCAUAUAUAUUGCACACCUGUAAGGAUAAAUGGAACGUGACUGCUGAGAAUUAAAGUUGAAAUUGUACGAGAUAAGAUUGUGGAUACUGGCAAGUGAUUUUUCACUCAGAGCACUAGAGUUUUAUUGUUUGAAAAUUAAAAAAGAAAUUACAACGCC